CCAUGAUCACUGCUUCCUUCGCUGCACACCAGCCGAGACGUGCCUAUAUGCCAUCAUCGCUUGCCCUUUGAGCGAUGCUCCUCCAGAGUCUGGUUCUGUCCAUUUCAGUCUAGCGAUCUCUCUCCUCUCUCAUGAUGCGGAGCAGCAAUCAACAGUCAUUUCGUCAUAUUCAACGCCUCUGUCUUCUUCUGCUCACCAUCCCUUCAUAUGCUCACGCAUUUCCCAGUUUCAGGCCAGCCUCACCUCCGUCAGCACCUUCUGAAGCCUUUCUCGACGCACUGGCGCAACAGAGAGAAACAAUCGUAGACUCCGAAGCACUAGGCCUGACUUCCGCAGAGCGCCGUCUCAUCUUCAGAAGCGAACGUAGUCUGGCAAGCUAUUCUCGUCGAUCGGACUGCUCGAAUGCUGUAGCUACCUCGUUACAGAAGCGGUGCGGUGAUGAGCUCGAGGAUUCGGAUGAUGAGAGGAUAAGAGCUGCAAUCGCCCUCACUAAGUGCGACUUGGCCACUGCAGGACAGACGCCGCCGUUGGAGUGCUCGGGUAUUCAGCCUUCGCAAGGGAUGGGCGUUGAGAGAAAUCCCGCAAGCCCUUGUGUCGCAGCCCUUUCACGCUCGCCUCAACAUUGGUCUACCUACUCUGGCUACUUACGCGAGAUACCAAUGCUAUGCUUUGCCCUCAGAAGGCAGUUGGAGGUCGACACCGUGAGAGAGAUCUAUGUCAACAUCAGCCAAGAGAAGAUAUCCAUACUGAAGGUGCUGAAGAAAGGCGCCGAAGGAGCUUUGCAACGAGACCAAGACCAGGAGGUCAAGUUGGCAGAAUUCAUCGAUCACAUGAAGACUGCGACGUAUGAGCUAAACAAGGAUCUCUUCGCUACGGUCAGAUCUAUCAGAAUGGUCUCACAGGAGGUGACUGACCUCGUGCAAAGCUCACGAGCGAGCGAGGAGUUCAUGGUCGCUGUUGAGCAGGUAGUGGCUCUGGCACAAGAAAGGAUCGAGCAGGCUGCGUCCAAGACCAGCAAAGAUACGGAGCUGCACCUCAGCAAGUCUCUCGACCCGCUUCUAGCGAGAUUGGCGGCCGAGCAGUCAUUAGCUCUUGCCGACAGCGCGACACACUUUGCCUCAAGACUUGACACUGCAUUGGAUAGCAUGCGGCACCGCUUCGACGACGCCGUAAAGCAGCUUUACGACUCUCUGGGUCCUGUCAAGGAGCUGUCGAGUAUCGUGCCUCAAUCGCAGAUGAUGAUGGAUCAGGUCUGGAGUAGUUUCAAGCAGGUCGUCGAUAGCGUAUCACCGCUCCUUACACAGGUCGACAAGCUCAGCGAUCUGCAGAAUGAGCUUUCCAUCAGAGAGCAGGUCAGGGCUACCAAUCUGUCCGCCCUUCUAGACAGGAUCGAGGUUGCACAUACUCGCGAGCUGGAUCUGUACGCCAGACGAGAAGAGGAGAGGUCGAGAGUAUCAAUGCGGCCCAUGGGUCUGGUGGAAUUCAUGACCUCACUUUUGCUUGGGGACACAAUGUCUCCCCACAGCAUGGGAGAGGGAUCUAUCUCAAAGCUAGGCAGCAUCGACGAUUGGCGUCCAUCGAUCAUCGGACAUCUCUUGCGAACCCUUCCACUCUCAAGUCCUGCAAGCAUAAUGCUCCUCCGUGGCUGUCUAACCACCCUGAUCGUAGUGAUCAAAGUAGCCUGGUCAGCCCUGUGUCUUAUGCUGGUAAGCACCGCGGUGGACUGAAGUGUCUGAAGGAAGUUUUCGACUGAUUCAUCUUUCCAAUGUCUCACGAGAAUCUGCAGUCCCUAGCCAUGCUCCUCGCGGCGCUCUCCACUCGUCUGUUCGCCCCAUUGCUCAGAAAGGGCUGGGCGAUCGUUCAAGCACCAGCACGGCCAGCGACUGAAACCGCUGAGGAGCGAAGCCCUCAAAGAGGUCAGACCACGACAGUGAAGCAGGAGCCAGUGACCUGCGCCCCCGCAAAGCCGUAUACAUGGCAGACGGUCCCAGAUCGGCCCGCUGCAAAGUCUCCUCUGGAUCUCC